GAAGAUGUUGGAUUUACCAGCUGGGCUAACUGAGGUGUGUUUGUGUGAGGCACCAUUUCCUCGAAACAAACUCAUAAACAGAUAGAAUAGGUCAGGUGGAAUUUCCCCCAGGGGAUGCGUAAUGUCCUGUCCUUAUCAUUUAUUUUCCGAGGGAGAAUGCCAGGUUCUGUACAACCUUGAAGGUGAAGAAGGAAGGGUCUUCAGUCAACUGUAAACAAAGAAGGAGAUCCUUAAAGAAAACUCCAGACCCCUGCAAUACAAAAGCAGGGUCCAGAAGGAACGUUUUAGGGUGCAAAAUGUACUGAAAAGCUGCUGGCACAGUUUGUAGGACAGUUCUUGCUCUGGAAGUGAUUAGCCCUCAAAGCUUGGGCCGUGGCUGCCAGAUGCAGGGAAUAAUGGAUAAAACUGCAGAAGGCAAGAUGGAGAGGUGUGUGUUGCCAGCCACACAGACAUGCAAGUUGUGGCAGGCCAGUAGAUGAUGAAGUGAUGGAGAUGUUAGGAGGCCAUGGCUAUUGUGAUGCUGGGUGGCUGUUACUCUGGAACUGCCAUCUGCCGAAAAGGUCAGUUGCUAGGGGACGAUUCUCCUGGACCGUGUCUGCCUCCCAGCUGCCAUCCACACACCCACACACACUGGCUUGGGGUGCUGUGUAAUGAUAUCCUCAGCCUGAAGGUGGCAGGAGAUCCAGUGCUAACCCCUAACUCAGUGUGCCUGAGGUUGGCAGGCCUCAGUAAACGUCAGAUGCGGAUGUGUGUGCGGAGUCCUGAUGUGACAGCCUCUGCUCUGCAGGGCAUCCAGGUGGCCAUUCAUGAAUGCCAGCACCAGCUCCGGGACCAGCGCUGGAACUGCUCCUCACUGGAGGGCCUUGGCAAGCUUCCCCACCACAACACCAUCCUCAAAAGGGGUUUUCGUGAGAGUGCCCUCUCUCUGGCCUUCUUGGCAGCGGGUGUGGCUCACUCUGUGGCCUCGGCCUGCAGCAUGGGCAAGCUGCGGGGGUGUGGCUGCGAGGCCAAGCGUCGCCAGGACGAUGACAAGAUCCGGCUGAAACUCACACAGCUGCAGCUGCAGACCCUGCAGAAGGGUGGAGUAGGCCUCAGCAUGACACGGUCAUUACCCUCAGAGCUAAACGGUCACCAUGGCGACCUGCCCGCUAGCCUGCACUCUACCCACCCCUCCGCCCCGCUCAAGCCUUUACCAGAUGAGCUUAGCUCCAUGCAAGAGACAUGGGAGUGGGGGGGCUGCAGUCAUGACGUCCGUUUUGGGGACCGUUUUUCCAGGGACUGGCUUGACUCCCGCGGGUCUCCAAGAGACAUCCACGCUCGCAUGAGGAUACACAACAACCGGGUGGGACGACAGAUAGUGACUGACAACAUGAAGAGGAAGUGCAAGUGUCAUGGCACAUCAGGCAGCUGUCAGUUCAAGACCUGCUGGCAUGUGUCUCCAGAGUUCCGGGUUGUGGGUUCUCUACUCAAGGAAAAGUUCCUGUCAGCCAUCUUUGUCAACUCUCAGAACAAGAACAAUGGGGUUUUCAACCCUCGAACAGGAAACAGCGCCAGCGGGAGCACAGGGGGACUCAACGGAGGCCGCCGUCGAACCAUGUCCAGGGAGCUGGUGUACUUUGAGAAGUCUCCUGAUUUCUGUGAGCGUGAUGCGUCCUUAGACUCUCCGGGUACACAAGGACGCAUCUGCAACAAAACCAGCUACAGCACAGACAGCUGCGGCUCGCUGUGCUGCGGCCGGGGACACAACAUCCUGAAACAGACACGCAGCGAGCGCUGCAAUUGCAGGUUCCACUGGUGUUGCUACGUGCUGUGCGAGGAGUGUCGUCUCACAGAGUGGGUCAAUGUGUGCAAGUAGAUUCCAGUUCUCCCAGUUGCCUUUACCCAUCCAGAACUCAAGAUGGCGAGCCUGUCCCUUCGCCCACUCCUUUUGUUCGAGCGUUUGUUUUGCUCCUUGUGUAAGUGUCCCAAAAAUCAGUUUAUACCCCCCCUUUCCUUUUUUUUUUUUGUCCAUCAUCUGGGAUCUAUUUUCUUUUUGUAGCCGCUGUUAUUCUCAAAAUGCCAAGUCAGAGAUUGAAGAGGUGACUCAUGUCAUUUGUCUUGCCAUGGUCUGUUUAGACCAUGCCCUCUCAGCCAUGAAAACAGCCUAUACCCAAUCUUUUCUUUCCCACAAAACAAAGAAGUGCAACAGCAGAGAAGCAUUUCUAUUUCAAUGUCUACAUGCUGACUCAUUCAUUGUAUAGUAGCUGUGCUUUUUAAUGUGUUCAUGUAUAUUUGUAAAUGUAUUAUUAUUAAUAUUAUUAUUGUGUUGGAGCCUGUCUCUUUGGUUCCAGUUACUGACAGACUCGUGCUGUUAGACAACCAAGUCUUAUCCCAAUUUAUCUUACAUUUAACUGGGCUCUUCUAAUGAUCUCCAAGAUAUUUUUGUAUUUUGCACUUGUGACACGGACAGAGGAACAGUACUUAUAGUACUUAAAUCUUGGGUUUUACUAAUAGAAGAAGACAGAUAGGGGACGGUGUUUUUUGUGGUUUAUGAAGGACUGAUAUAUAAGGACAGAAAGCACAUAAGCUUAUUCAACUUGUAUAAUUGUAAAACUCCAGAUGGUGAAGAUUUGGAGACAAAGUCAGUCCUUGAAUUUCUUAUGCUGAACAACUAAUCAUUCUGAUUCAUUUAAACCAUUGUAGCAAUAGUAAUUUCACGGGAAUGGUCACUAGUGGUGAUGUUUUUCAUGAAUGUAACUGUGAUGUGUGUCACCUUUCCUUGAAAUCAUGACUCAAUUAUUUUAUUCUG